AUGAAGUUCUACAUAUCCACGACGGGUAUAAAGAGGCUGACGAUAUCGAGCGCCGGAGCCAGCAAGGCUUCUCCGGCGACUCGGAGGAUUUCCGGCCGGACGGUGUUGCCGUUGGUGCUGGUGCUCGCUCUAAUUUUGCCCUUCCUUUUCGUCCGAAUUGCUUUCAUUGUCCUUGAAUCUGCCACUGCUUGCUCUUCCACGCUUGACUGUAUAGGAUGGAGGUUUUUCAGCGGGAGCGACGAAUCUAUGCUCAGAGAGGAGUUGACAAGAGCACUGCUGGAAGCAAAGGAUGGUAAGGUCGAUAAUAAUGAGCAAGGGAUAGAGUCUUUCAACCAGCUUGUGCAGGAGAUGACGUUGAAGCAACAAGAUGUCAAAGCGUUCGCUUUCAAAACAAAGGCUAUGCUAUCAAGGAUGGAACACAAGGUUCAGUCAGCCAGGCAGCGUGAGUCAAUUUACUGGCAUUUAGCCUCACAUGGUGUGCCCAAGAGCCUACAUUGUCUUUGCCUCAAAUUAGCUGAAGAAUAUGCUGUGAAUGCGAUGGCUCGAUCUCGCUUGCCUCCUCCUGAAUAUGUUUCUCGACUUUCUGAUCCCUCCUUUCACCACCUUGUUCUCCUAACUGAUAAUGUCCUUGCAGCUUCUGUUGUUAUCUCUUCUACAGUCGAAAAAUCAGCCAACCCUGAAAAAUUGAUUUUUCACAUAGUGACUGACAAGAAAACUUACACUCCAAUGCAUGCAUGGUUUGCAAUUCAUUCUAUUCAAUCAGCAGUGGUGGAAGUUAAAGGGUUACACCAGUACGAGUGGUCUCAGGAAGUAAAUGUUGCGGUCAAAGAGAUGUUAGAGAUCCAUCGCCUGAUUUGGGGAAAAUAUUACAAAAAUUUGAAAGAAGAGGACUUUGAGUAUGAUGGAGAACAUAAAAGAUUCUUAGAAGCUCUGAGUCCCAGCUGCCUUUCCCUUAUGAACCUUCUUCGAAUUUAUAUCCCUGAGCUGUUUCCAGAUCUCAACAAGAUAGUGUUCUUGGACGAUGAUAUUGUUGUGCAACAUGACAUAUCAUCUUUGUGGGAACUCGAUCUCAAUGGCAAUGUUGUUGGUGCAGUUGUCAAUUCAUGGGACGGUGACAACUGUUGCCCAGGAAGAAAAUACAAGGAUUACUUUAAUUUUUCAGAGCCUAUAAUUUCAUCCAACUUUGAUCACAAUCGUUGUGCGUGGCUGUAUGGCAUGAAUGUCUUCGAUCUUGAAGCUUGGAGGCGAGCCAAUAUAACAGAAACAUACCAUCAUUGGUUAAAACUUAGCCAGGAAUCUGGGUUGACAUUGUGGCGUCCAGGAAUAAUUCCACCUGCCUUAAUUGCAUUUGAGGGUCAUGUGCAUCAUAUUGACCCAUUAUGGCAUGUCCCCGGGUUAGGUUCCCGGUCCCCAGAAGUUCCCAGAGAUAUAUUGGAGGCUGCUUCCGUUAUUCAUUUCAGUGGCCCAGCAAAGCCGUGGCUUGAGAUUGGCUUUCCAGAGGAUCAUGGGGUGAAGAGGACGAAGUUCUUUCACUCUCUCUCAGAUAUUCAUUUUGGGACAAAUCCAGAAGCAGAGUUUGGGGAACAGAGGGAAGAAGAAGGUUUUGGCUUCAGUCUCUGCACACACUCAGCUCAGCUCUGGACACUUCAGAUGGUUCGUAUUCAUGUCCAUAAUAGACAGUAG